GAAUCUACGUGACGUCAUCAUGGCCACUGAAAAGCUGAUUGUAUGUUGAUCUUCUUGGAAUAAAUCAAAUGUGUUUCGGUGCUGUUCACAAUAGCGAAUAAGUUAUUCUGAAUGCUUCGAAUUUCCAUUAAAAACCAAAAACGCCUUUACUACAACAUUUUCGAUCACAUUUGACGAGUGGGGAACUUAGAAUGUCCCGACAUGAAGGAGUGAGCUGUGAUUCUUGCAUGAAAGGAAACUUCCGUGGUAAACGCUACAAAUGUUUGAUAUGUUAUGACUAUGACUUGUGCUCUACUUGCUAUGAUGCAGGUGCCACAACAACUAGACACACAACUGAUCAUCCAAUGCAGUGUAUUAUCACACGAGCUGAUUUUGAUGUAUUUUAUGGAGGAGAAGCUUUGACAGCGGAGCAGCCUCAGUCUUAUACAUGCCCUCAUUGUUCUCGGAUGGGCUUUUCAGAAUCAAGCCUUCAUGAACAUGUUUCAGCGGAUCAUUCUGAUGCUUCUGCUGAAGUGGUGUGUCCUAUUUGUGCUUCUCUACCUGGAGGUGAUCCUAAUCAUGUGACUGAUGACUUUGCAUCUCAUUUGACUGUUGAGCAUAGGACACCUCGAGAUUUCGAUGAACCACCAGGACUUCGCCAUGUCAGAAGAAUUCCACAUCCAGGCAGAGGUGUAGGCGGAUCUCGAACGCGCAGAGCAAACAUGCAACAUUUUGGUUCAGGGGCAUCAACUUUGACAGGUCUUUCACCUAGCAGUCGAGAAAAUAUGGAUCCUAUUGCUGAAUUACUUUCACAAUUGUCAAGUGUACGGAGUCGUGCUGCUGCAGCACAAAGUGUUUCUACCCAACUACAACAGUUGGAGAUGCAGUUACAGUCCACUAGGUCAGUCACUAAACAACAAUUAGAACGUUUACCACGAAGGCAAACAGAGCCAAGUAAACCACCUGCCUCUAAUAGCACAGUUCCAUCACUGCCUGAGCCAACAACAGCGCCUACAACAGCUAAUACCAAAAUAGAUUCACAAUUUCUUCUUGGAAAGCUGUGCAGUGAAAGUACGGGCUCUGACAAUGGAUCCACUACCGGAGAAGGAGACACUGGGCAGCGUAAUGUUUUUGUACAAGAGUUGUUACUGGCCACAUUAACAGAACAGCUUAGUUUGAUUACAGACUGGGAAGCUGAAGACCCCAGUUCUUUAGUGGAAGUUCUUCGCUCGCCUGAAUCGGAUAUGGAGCAGGAGGUAGCAUUGCUUCAAAAGGAAAAUAAAAAUUCGAAUGAAUCCCAUAGUAAGAUUCUUAAUAUUAAACCAAUAGACAAGGCUGUGGGAGGGGCACUAGAAAAAAUAUCAGGAAGUCCUGGAUGCAGGCCUGUGUCAGUGGGUACCUACAGGGAAAGCACUUGGGGCCAUGUGAGCAGUACUUCAUCUGCUGGUGGCACUCGGCAAAUAUGUAAUCCAAUCACAGUUCCAAACACAGUGGCAGUGCAUGGUCCAAACAUGAGCUCUUCUGGUGGGCUAAAUAUGCAAGGUAGAGCGACCUCUGCUAGCCAUGGGGGCAGGGAUAGGGGUAUGAAUCCUGCUUCUGCCAAAAGGAGCAUGCUUAAACACAUGCCACCCCAGCGUGGGGCCUCUGACACAGACCCACCUCCACACUAACUUGAAACACUUAGAUUUGUGAAAACUUUCAUAUCUUUCUAGCUAAUCACUAUAAGCUUAGAGGAUCAGUUCUAUCAUCAAUAAAUUAUUGGCAAACAUAAUUUGAAAUAUGAACAUCCUGUUUCUUAAGGAAAGGAUUUUUUUUUUCUCUUACCUUAAUGCCAUUGAAGGCAGAGUGUAUUUUGUGAAAUAAAGUAUAAAAAUAAAGCCACUGUUUUAUUUUUUUUCAACUCAUUAAGUAUCAGAGUUUAGUUACCAGUUCCUUUUUUUUUUUUUUGUCUUAACUGUUGACUAUGUUGUUUCACAUAAAAACUAGUUUCUGAACUAAGUAUAUUGUACAUAGCAUUGGCUUUCCAGGUAUGUGGCAGUUUGACUCCUCCAUGUGUGGAAGAGCUCAUGUAAGCAGCAGAGAAUAUCUUUGUGUUUGGUGUUUCAAUAUUUCAAUGAUGAAACUGUGAUAUUGUAAUCUUUGAAUUUGUUUUCCUUGCUGAGACUAGAAAGUACAAAAAUACAUUUUUUUUCCUUUUGUUAUAUUGUUUUUUUUUUGUUUUUUUUUUUAGAAAAACAAGUUUACUUGUUAAGAGUAGAAAACUAAAUACAUCAAAGCCAGUUUUGAUAUUAUAAGGGUUACAUCUGUUUUCGUUAAUAAGUACUCUGAAAGUAAACAUUUGAAAAUAACUUUGUAUUAAAGGGUUUUUACCUUUUAAAUUGUUUUUUUGUUCCAAAACUGUUUACACUUGAUGCAGUAGGCUUUAUCUUUGCACAAUGUAACCAUAACAGUUAUUGUUUCAACCCCCCAAAAAAUGUAAAAUUAGCAUCAAUGAUGUUUUGUUUGUUUCAUAAGUACCAUAGGCACCAGGACACAAAUAUAUACUCACUAUAUUCAUGUCCUUGGUAGUUUUUCAUAAUCCACAUUGCUUGAGAUUUCAGUGCCCCUUGUAUGAUGAGGGAGGUAAUUUCUGACCCUGACAUUUUGCUUCGUUUGGCACCAAAAAAAAUGUCAGAACUCUUGUUGACCUAGUGACUGAGGAGGGACGCUUCACAUAUUACUGGCAAAUAGUUUCAUAAUAUAUAUUUUUUUUUGUACCACUGUUUGUGUGUUGACAGAAGUUUUGUCUAGGCCAAGAGAAAUGUUUUGUUACGUUUUUCUUUAUGUGUGUAAAUAAAUGAUUAUUCUUAUAACUUAGUAGCUGUGCUUUUGCUGAGCCUCCUGUUUCCUUUCAGUGCAUACUGAUGUUCAAUUUCAGUUGACAGUGAUAUGUGUAUAUAAAAAUAAACUAUGUUCUCCCGAACACAAAGAAAACAUUGUCAUACAUAAGAGAGAUCUCUUUGGAGAGAAGUAAUAAAAACACUAAAGGGAUGUAAUUUUGUUUGUUUGUUUGUUUGGUUCCUAUGAUUUCAAGAAUUGUUCACGAGAGUCAGAGUGAGAGGUAGUGUUGUGAGCUGAUUCAUAAAUAAAAUGUGUACACUUCAA